AUGUUAGGUAAUUUUAAAAACGUCGGCGCAUUCGUGCGCGACUGCAAUGGUACUACGUUGAAAUACGAUCAGGCAUGUUUGGAGAUUAUAACAAACGAGAAAAUUACGUUCUGGAGCCAAUAUGAAGUCUGUGAGGAUUGCAUGUUGUUGGAAACAAAGAAAUUAUCUUCAACCGGCGCUGUUGUGAUUGAGACUGAGAGCCCAUUGCGCUACGCUAUCAAAAAUGGCAAUGGACUUAUAUGUAAUGGAACAUAUCAUUUUGGUGAAUUUGGUCAGUACAGUAUCAAUGUGACCGAAGUUACAAAGGAUGAAUGUCCUCCGAGGAUGACUGCUGAACCUGACGCAGCCUACUUGCCGAUAUUAACCGCAGCGGUUGUACUACUAUCUAUGGCUACACUGUGGUAUAUUAUUAAGGGUAUCGGCAAAAGAGUAGUCGCUGGCAGACUUUAUGCCAGAUACUUCGCAAGGGAGGAUAAUGAGCUUGGUUCGGAAACAAGGGUGCUGACUACAGAGGCGAGCGUCCCAAGGUCACCGACAAGGUCACGGCUAAGGUCACUUGAUAUAUUCAGAGGGAUAGCGAUUGCACUUAUGAUCUUCGUGAACGCCGGUGGUGGGGGUUACGCGGUUUUCUCCCAUGCUGUAUGGAACGGUCUGACCGUAGCUGACUUAGUCUUCCCAUGGUUCGCCUUCACUAUGGGGGAGGCUAUGGUGCUGUCACUCAACGCCAGGCUAAGAACCUCACUACCGAGGGUCAACGCCCUUGGACAGGUUGCAAGAAGAUCUCUACUUUUAUCACUCAUCGGUAUCUGCCUCGGUUCAGUGAAUACUAACUGGUCGUACGUUCGAUUCCCGGGAGUGUUACAACGACUUGCUGCUAUGUAUCUCAUUGUUGGAUCAUUGGAAUGCGCCUUUAUGAGGACCAGCCAGAAUAUUGUACCAGGUCGUUCCUUGUUCCGUGACAUAGCUGCCGGUUGGCAACAGUGGCUAGCUACUAUACUGAUGGUAGCUAUACAGCUGUGUAUAACAUUGACGGUGGCUGCCCCCGGCUGUCCCGUGGGGUACUUCGGUCCCGGGGGCCUUCAUAAGACAGCUAGCGGGGACUUCUCAUUACAGAACUGUACAGGCGGCAUAGCGGGUUAUAUUGAUAGGCUCAUUCUCGGUCCGAAUCACUUGUACCAACAUGGGACCUUCAAGAACAUAUAUCACACUCAAGUACCUCACGACCCAGAAGGUAUUCUCGGUAUAUUAUCCGGGGUCCUUGUUGUCCAAGCUGGGGCCCACGCCGCUAGGAUCAUGCUCGUGUAUAAUCACGCCAGAGCCCGCAUCAUGCGCUGGGUCUUCUGGUCUAUCAUGUUUGGCGUGGUGGGCGGCUUACUCUGUAAGUUCUCGGAUGGCGGGUACAUCCCCGUCAACAAGAACCUGUGGUCUGUGUCAUAUUGCUUGGUGACGUCAUCAAUGGCCUUCUUCAUCCAGGCCAUCUUGUACUUCGUGGUUGAUCUGAAGAACAAGUGGGGUGGGCGACCACUGUACUAUGCAGGUCAGAACGCGUUAUUCCUCUACGUCGGCAGUGAGCUGCUUAAAAAGCAUUUCCCCCUCCACUGGCAUCUCCCCUCCCCUAUCCACGCUCAACUACUCACGGCCAACGCAGCCGCGGCACUCAUGUGGCUGGCUGUCGCUGUCGCAUUACAUAGAAAACGCGUCUUUAUAACACUGUAA